AUGGCGCACAGCAUCACAUCUGCUGGCGUUGCCGCCUUCGUACUUCUGGGAUUUACUCUUUUUCAAAGUUUUUGGAGCACUGGCAUAGUCUACGGCUGGCCGUCGCUCCUUUCGCUUCUGAACAGCGAGGAUGUGUAUAGACAUCGCUGUGAAGAUUAUGCAGAGAGUUGCCCGGAACGCACUCUGGCCUUCAACCUCGUCUUUAGCAUAGGCGCGAUGGUGAACGUGUCCGGGGGCGUGGCCUGCGGAUUCCUGGUAGAUUGCAUUGGACCACGCAAAGGCAUCCUCAUAGGCCUAGUUCUGAUCAUUGCCGGGAGUCUCUGUUUGGGUUUGGCGGACGUAGACAGCGAGUGGGCCUGGCCCCUUGCAUACGUCUUCUAUGGUCUUGGCGGCUGCUGCGUCCACUUGUCGAGCUUCUCUUUGGGAAACGCCUUUGGAAAGGCCAAGGGGGUGGUUAUCUCCUGCUUUGUGGCCAUGUUUUCGAUCUCGGCCCUGGCUUUUCAAGUUUUUGAUCUGGCCUACCGGGCGGGGCUGGCUCUUCGAAGCGUGGCCCUGGUCCAUGUCGGCAUGGAAGCGCUUAACAUGUGCUUCUCGGGAUGGCUGUGGCCAGACGAAGCCCUGAAGCCAGGAACUCGCUUAACUUGGUCCCGAUGUCGCAUCAAGUCAGCUGGCAGCUUGGAGCAGCUUGAUCAAGCCAAAAGUCUGACUGCCCGGGAGCGCUGCGUCUCAGCGCUUAGCAUUGCGAGGACCUGGAAGUUUCUUGGAUUCCUCACAUUCCACUUUACCCAGCUCGGCCUGAACCGAUGCUUGAUGGGAUGGAUGGCACCCGAACUCCGUUGGAAGAACGAGCAGCUGCUGCAAGCAGGUAGGCAAGGUCUCGACCUGGAACAUGAGCUCAGCGUAUUCAAUUUUCUGCAAGCAGCCGGGGGCUUCCUUUCCAUCCCGGCCUUCGGCUGGAUCGUGGCGCGAUUCGGGCACCGGCGUGCCCCGUUCUGCGCGACGGCCGGCCUUGCUGCACUCUUUCUGGCCGUCCGACCCUUUGUCGAGCCGUGGCUUCUGCCAGUUCUGUACAUCGUAUCUGCUUGUCACCGUCAACUGUUCUUCUCGACAUUUUUCACUUUCCUCAUUUCAGAAUACCCGGCCGAGCAGUUCGCUACGCUUGCUGGCAUGGCAAACAUCAUAGCCGGCCUUGUGUCUUUCCUGCAGAACCCUCUUUUGGACAUGGUAUUGCGGAACAUGAACGGCGACUUCCUGCUGCCACUCCUGGCACAGCUAGGACUUGCCGUCGUGGUCUUCAUCUGCAGCCUCAUUGCGUGGUUCUACGACAAGCCUUCCCUUCCGCCACCAGCCAGCUUGGACACGGAGACUGAACCAGGACAGAGUAGCCCCGAGUCUGCCAAGCUCAGCCCACAACAUCAGCAGGCAGAUGAGGCUGCAGAAACAAAGCUGCAACUUUGA